UCGUUCGCGUCUUACUACGGCACAGACAGCGAGCGAUCAUUACGCGCAUUCCCUUUCGUCCGCUAGAGUGCAGUGUGUGUGCAGUGUCGAAAAUCGCUACGUCCAACGAGGGCAAGUGUGUUCAUAAACUCUUUCUGUGGUAUAAAUUUCAGAGAGGACACGUUGCUUUAAAGCCAGAAAAGGACGUUUAUGUGAUUACGGGAAAAAAAACAGUUAUAAAUUGUACAGAAAAAUUGUUUUAUAUAUUUGUUUAUAAUUAUUCUUCCGGAGUGAUUUUAGAAACCUUACAACACGGUACUCAGGCUUAGCAGAACCGAAAUCCUAGCUAAACGUUUUGAAAUUAUUAAAAUUGACACAAAUAUAAUGUCAGACUACACAUUUCGGCAAUGACUGUACUAAGUGAAAUAAUUAAGUGUAUUCGUAAAUAUACGUAAGUAAAAUAAGGUUAAAAGAUAAAGUAUAGUGAAUUGAUCGUAAAACAAGAAAUUUAGUCUUAGGAAAUCCGUAGAUUUAAGUACAGUGGAUGAUCGUAAAGUGAGAAUCUUUGACGAGAUGUUAUCGUAACAAGUUAAAGUACAGACGUGAUAAUGCUAAUGUCUAGUGCGUAAGCAAGGAGACCCCAAUUUUUUUUUUGGCAAGUCAAGAUGCUGACUGUGGGAAUCUUGCCAGUGUACGAGUGAGCCAUGAGGGGGUGGAAAGGAAGAGGGGACCUCGGGGCGGAGCGAUCCACCUGACACACGCCGUCACCAUGACGACGACUGUUGAUGUGACACAUUUGAUGAUUUUGAGAUUGUAAGAAUAAUCAAACUGAAGAUGGCUCUGGUGAUAUUACCAUGUGACCUGCCCUGGUGGCCCACAGUACAAUGCCACCUCACGCAAGUUUCGCAGGCCCGAAGUUCCAAGGACCUGAUUGACGGCAUGCAGAAGAUUCACAACAUGUGCAAUAUUGGUUUGGAUCCUGAUGAUGAUGAUAAGCCAGACCUCACUAUAUUUGGAGGCUUGGAAGUCUUCCUGGAUUCUGAAAUGACAGAGGAGGAGCGGUGUCACUUCUUUGAGGUGACCGCUCCGUCCAUGGUGCAUAAAGCACUGCAGCUGAAACAACUCAAACCUGCAGGUGGCUUGCGGUUCAGUUUGCAGCAGCAAGGUGAACCGCGCUCUUUCUUCUUGGUGGAUCGAGUGGAGUUAGAGCGCGGAUUCAUCGCAUCACUGCUAGCUCAUGCUUUCUUUUCUACAUUUCCAAAACGGACCAUCAAGACACACCCGACACUCCAGGACUUCAACUUUACAAAUUUCUUCAGACACCUGAACAUGAACAGCCAAAAGGCAAAGUUACGCAGCAUCCUGUAUUAUUUUGACAAGAUGGCAGCGGACGUGGAGCCCCAGGGACGAGUGACGUACUCGCGUCAGGUGAUGACGAGCAAAGAGUGGCUUACCAUAGAGGACUGGCUAGAGAGUGCCAAAGCACUCUGUCCACUUGCUAUCAGACAUGAGGGCAGGCUGGAGAGAGCUGAAAACAACUUACUGCAAGUGUGCUUCACGAGCAGCCGACUAGGGGGACUCGUACUUGGUGAUGGAAGUUCUCAGGAGUGCAUACAAUUCUGCAUUCAGCCUGAACUUUUGGCAGUAUUACCCCACAUUGAAGCUCUCGAGGACAAUGAGAUUCUGUCGGUAGAAGGAUUGCUACAAGUGGCCCGUAUCUCAGAUCCACACAUCAAAGCAAACUUUGAACCCUUGCCACAGACACAAGUGAGGUCUGUGUGCUGCAUGGAUGCAGAGAACUACUUGCGGCUACCGCUCAGUCAAUUUGAGGAGGACAAUGUAUUGAGGGAACUGAACAAGGCUCUACUUGCAUUUCGGCAGCAGGCUUCACCACAGCCAUCCCAGCCCGUCACAAGGCGUCUCUCCCCCAUUGGAGAAUCAUUCAGUUCGACACCUCCGGAGGUGGAGUCUGUAAAGCAACAAUCCCAACAGGAGGAAAGGGCAUGUCCACCUUCACUGCUAGUCACCCAGCAAGUGGAAUCUUCUACCUCACAGAAAGAGUGGCUGAGGCCUCCAAGUCCCACUUCUCGUCGCGGUCGAUUCAUUGUGCUCGGUUCCUCGGGGGAGUGUCUUCCUGUUAGCAGACAGCCUUUGGGAGCGUGCAGCCUCUACUCUAGCUGCCACUCCACCUCAGCAGCAUCUGAAGAAUUUCACAGCGCACGUACAAGUCUUGACAACGAAGAUAUCGAGAGCGAAGAUGCGCGGCGUUACAGCGCGCAGCUGGAUACUCCAGACCGACGCUCGACAUUUGCCGAGCGACUUCGUGAUGCACUCUGCAGAGAGACUCGGAGCACCUCAAGCAUUGACUCAAGUUAUGCCGUUGGCAUCAGUGUCACUGGGUCAGGAUUGGUGGAUGGAGAUAUCAGAGUCCGACGAGGAGGAUCCAGAGGCUUUAUGCUUCAGGAAGAUUCACUUGAUGACCAGUUCCUCAGGGAAUCUUUACAGCAAGAGAGGGAAUGGAUCGACAAGUUUCAAAACAAAAGACAUGGAGCUUUGAGUCGACAGGACACGUCUGAUUCCUCCAAGUUUAGUUUCAGUACAGAGUACAGCUCAGAACUGGAGGAACUUUACGAACAGUACAGUCGCUGGCUCGACGACGUGGACAAGAAUCGGGAGCUGGACGCCCGAGACAUCGCUGUGGUACGCUUUGCUGGCAGCCUGCUCAAGAGGACUCUCAGCGACUCUUUUGCUGGUGUUCCUCUCACUGAGGGGCAGCAAGGGCCACUGGGACAGAUGGAAGCAGACAGAAACAGGACAAAGCUCGCCCUGGUUGCAAGGUCUCUAAGUCUGGAGCUUGCCAGGCACAAGCACAGACUCACCUCUCAGCUGGCAUCAAUGUUGAGCGGAGUUGCAAAUAAGGGUGAGUCUGCAUCAGGGAUACAAUCCAUAGCCACUGGUAACUGGGGUUGUGGCUCAUCUAAGGUUGGUGACCCACAACUCAAGUUGGUAAUUCAGUGGCUGGCUGCUAGCAUCGCAGGUGUUCCUUGUCUAUACUACUAUACCUGUAGCCACCAUCGGCUUCUCAAGCUAGACACAGUCUGUCGAGUGUUGCUAGACAGACAAUGGACAGUGGGAGAGCUGGUCACUGCUACACUGAAGUUUGCUCAGACAACGCUGGAUGAUCCGUCACCUCCGGAGCCAACUCAGACCUUGUUUGAUGAACUCAUCGGUACAGAGAAACCGGCUGUUCUCCUGGAGACCAAUCUCUGAGACGUGAGGGAACCACAAAAGUAAUGUCUGAAGCAAGUGUUGCAAAACCAGACAGUUCUCUGAAGAGGUGCGCCUACACAUUUCCAGUAUCUUCUGUAAACGAGAGACAGUUUACAGUGAUGGCACGUUUCGGCUGUGGUUUACUGUGAAGAACUUCCUAAUGAACUUAUGACUGGUUAAGAAAGCUGAAUAUCUCCAGACAAGAUUAGUGCUUUAAGAUAUGAUUCAAGGACUUCCAAAAGUUUGGACAAACUACAAAGCAGUUUGUGAUUUGCCAUGUGAAGAAACUAUGAGCAUUAGAAGAGUGUAAUAGCGUAACUGUGGGAUCAUAUACCCCAUGUGUUACAGGUAUGGUAUGAUCCAGAAUAAUGUACAGGUAGACCUCGAUUUACGCCGGGGACGCGCUCCUGGACGAACUGGCGUAAAUGGAAUCAGCGUAAAUUGAAACUCAGAAUAGUGGUCGAACAACAACGCAAACACGUUCAGCACAUUCAAUGUGUCAACAAGAGGUGAACUGAGCGCAUUUUUCCUUACUCCCUUAUCAGGCUGAACGCAAAUGAUUCACCGUGAAGAGUGACCAAUGCUCGCGUGACUGUUGCGCAAAGUUAGCGGAUUUUUAGGAGAAUAUCUCGCAACUACUUAGCAAUGAGUGCAGAGGCGACUGUAUUUGUAAUUUUUAUUCAAAAUCAGCGAUGUAAGAAUUACGAUUUAGUACGAGAAACAUUGUAAAACAUUAUAAAUAAUAGUAAUUUUUUUCUCUCCACUUUUUGACUUGCUGGUUUCAAAAGCGGCGUUAUUCUGAAUCGGCGCAAAUCGAGGUUUACAUGUAUACUGAAAGAUGGCACCUUCUUAAUAUGGCAUAGCUGAGAAUGAUCUGUGAUUGACAAAACCUUUACUAUGUUUUAUCUUCACGUGAAUUUUUAAGGGCUAUGUUCUGCCUUACAUGUCUUUACAUUUUAAUAACAUCUGUAAUGAAGCCUUGCUUUAUUUAAUGCUGCCUUGUCAGCUGCUCAAUUAGUACAGCGACUAGCUGUCGGUGGACAGCUGGGUUUCGGUUCCUUGUAGGGUUAGGGAUUUUUCUCUUUGCCACUGUUUGGACUGGCUAUGGGGCCCACCCAGCCUCCUAUCCAAUGGGCCCUAAGGGUUCCUUUACCCGAUACAUAGAAGAUGGAGCAUGAAGCUGGACACUCAUCUCUGUCUAGUGCCAAGGCUCAGAAUGUGUGGAGUUAUACCUCCACACACCCUGUGCCAUCAUCAUGUAGUGUUUAAUUAAGCACAGGCCUAUGUUAAAGUUGCUAUAGGGGAACAGAAAAAAUUCAUAUGAAACUCACGUCAAAGUAGCUGGUAUUACUGCCAGUAUUUGAACAUGGUACCGUUUGAAUACCGAAGCAGGCUGUGGGCCUGUGUACAUAUCAACAAGGAAUAAAAAUAUCUUACAAAUGGAAUGAAGUCUGUAAGUAGAGUAGGAACAGUAAUGAUCCAAAUGCAAGCAUUUUAUAUUAAGUAUUGUAAAAUCCUGAAUAAAUGAGGUUAAAAAGCAGCAUUACAGUAGACUUAUAGCAAACUCAUGUAAGAUAAUAAAACGGGAGACAGGAAAAAUACA